UAGGCGCGGCGGCGGCGGCGGCGCGGCGGGAAGAUGGCGGCGGAACGCUCUGAGGCGGCGGGACCGGGGCCGGGAGGGCCUGAACUGACCCCCUACGCCGCUUGGGGCCCCGCUGAGCUGCAGGCCACGCUCAGCGGCAUCGGCGCCCCCGUUCAGGGGACCCGAGAAGAGCUGGUAGAGCGGCUGCAGGCCUACACGCUGCAGACUGGGAUUGUGCUGAACCGCCCUGUGCUGCGCCCCGAGGAGGGGGACAAGGGGGGGGCUCUGCCCGCACAGGGUCAGCACCCGUUCGGUGACAAAGCGAAGGAGCAGGAGCUGCUCGAGCAGCAGAAGCGGGCAGCGGUGCUGUUGGAGCAGGAGCGGCAGCAGGAAAUGGCGGCCAAGAUGGCGCCCACCCCUCCUCGCGGCCCCCCCGAGGCGGCACCCAUGGGUGCUCGGCCUCCUCUGACCCCUCGAGGUGCUGCACCCAUGGGUGCUCCUCUACCCAUGGGUGCCCCCACUCGCCCCCGAGGGCCCCCCCCACCCCCUGGCGAGGAGAGCAGAGAGGCGGAGGACCCUUCUCUGGGGCCGAAGAUCCCUCAGGCGCUGGAGAAGAUCCUUCAGCUGAAGGAGAGCCGCCAGGAGGAGUUCGUCACCGCUCCGACUGCCACCGGCGAAGAGGAGAUGGAGACGGAGCCGCGCGGUUCCGCCUCGGAGGCCGAAGAGGACACUGCGCUCGCCAGGAAGGAGCGUAACCGGAAACGCCGGAACCGGAAGAAGAAGAAGCGAAGCCGGGGGACGCGGGGACAGUCGGAGGGGACACGGGGACACGAGGGGACGGCCACCAACGCCCCCGACGCCCCCGAGGUGGAGGUGGAAUACGUCACCGAAGAGCCCGAAAUCUACGACCCCAACUUCGUCUUCUUCAAAAGGAUCUUCGAGGUCUUCAAGUUGACGGAUGAGGUGAAGAAGGACAAAGAGAAGGAACCGGAUAAGGCCGAGCGCCCCGAGAGCAGCGUCACCCGCAGGAAGGGCUUCGACGACGGACGCAAGAGUGACGAUGACAGCUCCGAGGACGAGCAGGAGAAGAAACCGGAAGCGCCGAAACUGUCCAAAAAGAAACUGCGACGCAUGAACCGUUUCACAGUGGCCGAACUCAAACAGUUGGUGGCCCGCCCGGACGUGGUGGAGAUGCACGACGUGACGGCUCAAGAUCCCAAACUCUUGGUUCAUCUCAAGGCCACUCGGAAUUCCGUCCCCGUUCCGCGUCAUUGGUGCUUCAAACGGAAAUACCUUCAGGGCAAAAGAGGCAUCGAAAAACCACCCUUUGAACUUCCCGACUUCAUCAAACGAACCGGAAUCCAAGAGAUGCGCGAAGCUCUCCAGGAGAAGGAGGAGCAGAAGACCAUGAAGUCCAAAAUGAGGGAGAAGGUUCGUCCCAAGAUGGGGAAGAUCGACAUCGAUUACCAGAAGCUCCACGACGCCUUCUUCAAGUGGCAAACGAAGCCCAAACUCACCAUCCACGGGGACCUCUACUACGAGGGCAAAGAGUUUGAGACGCGGCUGAAGGAGAAAAAACCCGGAGAUUUAUCCGAUGAAUUGCGCAUCGCCCUCGGAAUGCCCGUGGGGCCGAACGCCCACAAGGUGCCCCCCCCGUGGCUGAUCGCCAUGCAGCGCUAUGGGCCCCCCCCCUCGUACCCCAACCUCAAGAUCCCGGGGCUCAACUCCCCCAUUCCGGAGUCCCCCCCCUCUUCCCCCCCUUAUCCACCCUUAUCCCCCUCUUUUCCUCCCCCUUUCUAG